GUCGAUCUUAGACUUAAAAUACUAGAAAUACCAGGAUUUCAAGGUCAUGGCGUGUGAGCUUAUCCGUUUUAUGAUCGGAAUCAUUUUUAUUUCUUUGGCUGCAACCGUAGUCAUGAGCAAAUCUACGCCUGAAAUUAUUGUGAACAACGUAAUUUAUGAUAAUGGCGACACAGUUACACUCUUUUACGAUGUGUUUACCGCCAAUUCAAGAGCAAGUGUUGACUGUAUGGGACCCGAUCAAGGCGGACAAGUCGAGAGCAAAACACUGCAAUGCUACGGUUCUAGGCCCACAAUACAAGCCACAGUAAUCAACUACAACAAAACAGCGAACGGGAAAAACUGCACUUGUUAUGUAAGAUAUGCGUCUGGGGCAUACAGCGAGAUGAGUACUGUCUUUCUUAAUGUAGAGUAUAUUCCAGAAACAGAGCCUGUGGUAACCAUAGAAGGGAAAUACAUACAACCCUUUGAAACAUACAUACAUCAUGUGAACAAAUCAACCGUCGAUAUAAGUUGUAAGGUAAAGGACGGCAAUCCAGGAAUUAGCAACUACACGAUUAACUGUGAUCAACGUGAAUCAAUCACGGUUGCACCAAAUUUUAUUGUUAUUGAAUUUGUGUAUGACACAGGGACAAUAUAUUGCACAUGUGUACCAGCCGAGGUCACUGGCUUGUAUAAAAGGACGGUCAUUUUCUUGAUAGAUUACAUAGUGCAACCGUAUACACCACAGACCCCUCCUUAUAUUUCUAUUGACUAUAGAAAUAUGAACGACGGUAAAACAGUACCAAUGAAUGCUGAUUUAACUGUUCAAUGCGGCGUGAGAGAAGGUAACCCAGCAGUCUACGAGGUAACAUUCAGGUGUGGAAGCUUAUUGAUGGCGACCAAACAGUAUAUGUGGAUGAACGUUACAAUCCCAUACAACAAAACUUACAACCAACAAACGUGUGUCUGCACUGGUAAACACAUCUCAGGAAAGUACAACUUAAACACAACCAUCGUCUUGAAUGUUACGUACGCUGCCUCAGUAACAAGUUUGAAGGUGAAUGGUGUUGAAGGUUUCCUGAAUGUGAGUAACACAUCUGUUGUAGAACUGCUAUGCCAGGCUGACGGGAACCCAGCUCCUAAUGUCACAAUUCAGUCUUUAAACACAGGCACUCUGUUAUAUAGCGGUAAAGGUUUGACCGCUAGGAGGAAUCUUACCAUCACAACCCAAACCUACGGCGUGUAUGUCUGUACGGCAUCUAAUUACUUGAACGAUCAAACAAAAUUAGAAAGCCGAUACGUAGAAAUUGGGUUCGUUAAAUCUUCCGCGCCAAUUAUCGCUAGCUUUACGGCCAAUGGUGGAGCCGACUUGUUGAACAUUAGGAAACAAACGGUUGUCACAUUUACAUGUCAACCAGUUGGUGGUGUGGGGAGUGUCACGUGGUCAGUUAGGGCAAGAAAAGGAUCCUGUACACCAAGCCUUUACUCCGCCCCUGGGCUAGUGAAAACCUACCAACUGACCGCCGCAUGUGGCUGUACUGACAUCUAUGAGUGUGUGGCACAGGCUCCAGGUUUCGUCAAUGACGUCAGAUCCGUUAAUGUCCAGGUGGAUUGUACGGAUUACCCACCAGAUUCCCCUCCAGUGAUUGUUGUCUACAAUAAAACUAUCACAGACGGGGAGGAGGUCAAGCUUGACCCGUCAGGGAGGGAGGUCAACGUCUUGUGCAGGGUGGAGGGAGGUGACCCUCAGGUGUCAAAUGUCACCAUGACAUGUGGAAAUGACAUCUACACCGCUACCGGAAACAGGAAAUUGUUUACGCUGAACUACAGCACAUCAGCCAGUGCAAUGACGUGUGUGUGUACAGCUGGUCAUGUGACUGGCUUGUACACCAAGAACACUUUGUUCAGUCUUAAAUUAGAAUCGACGGCUUUGAUUGCUAAUUUUACAGCCAAUGGCGUGAGCUCAACUUUAAAUGUCAAGGCUAAUGCUAUAUUUAGACUUCAGUGUAGCCCGUACGAGAGUAUAGCAAACACAGAAUGGACGCUGAUAGCCAAUAGUUCAGGCACCUUGCUCCAAGGUUUGAGUAAGAACGUAUCAUCUGGAGUUAGUCUAGCUAUUCCCUGUGUUGAGGACGAGACGUAUGAAUGCAUUGCUAAGCAACCAAAUUUAAUGACGGAAACAAAGUCGAUGAAGGUCGUCUGUGUCAAGGAGCCACCAGAACGCCCACCCGUGAUUGUUGUAUACAACAAAACCGUGACAGACGGACAGACGGUCAAGCUGUCACCGUCGUCCAACAUCGUGAACAUUCAAUGUCAGGUCGAUGGGGGUGAGCCGAGGGUGAGCAGUGUGACCCUGACGUGUGAGCACAUCGUGCAGACCGCUACAACAUACACCCAGACGUUUGCCGUCCCAUACAACACGUCAGUCACUGGACGAACUUGUGUGUGUACUGCUAGUCACGUGACCGGCCGGUAUAACAUGAGCACUACCUUCAGUUUAAGCCUAGAAGGUACCCAAGCAACGAAGCAGUUGAAAAACAGUGGUGUUAAUGUUAGGACUUGGAAUGUUCUAGAAUAUGCAGUUCUUGUCCUUCUCUAUGUGACCUUGACCUGGCCAACAGAAUAA